CGUAGUAUUUUCGUAGUAAAUAGUAAUGCGUUCGCCAAUUCGUCUGCUAUGUAAGCGUAUCCUGUUUGGAGUACAGUGCUCACGUUCGCCGCCCCCACCGCUCUCGCGCAUUCCAUAAUCCGUUCCUGUCUUCUUGUUUUUUGUAUUAUUACUAUUAUUAUUAUUAUUUUUAUUGUGAUUGUGAUUGUACGCCUACUCGGCCAUAUUUUGUUCUCUGUCCAUGUUCCAUUUCCUCGGGUAACAAGACGGUGACUCAGUGAUUCGAGUGAAAGAGUUACAAAAUUGAUAGCGCCGCAGUCUCUCGAUAUUACGCGAUCCGUACCAGUAAUAUUACCGAUCGUCGUGAUAUAGUGAUGUUUACGUGAUAUAUAUUAUUUUUUUUCUACUGAUCGUUUGCUCUAUUCAUUAUUGGAUUGUCGUUGCUAUUCCCGGAGUAUCGUUUAAGACUUUAACAAAAUGUAUCAAUCACGUGUAUUGCCGAGUAACACGGGUUAUUCAAAGGAUACAGCUAUGAUGUGGCAACAAGGUGGCCAGUACUUGCCAGAGUCUGGUAUCCACUCUGGGGGAACCACCCAAGCUCAUUCUAUUACUGAUAAAGAAGAUGAUUUAGAACGAGAUCAAUUGAUCUAUGAACUUAAUCAAGGGUUUUCACACGGAUUUACUCAAGAUCAAGUUGAUGAAAUGAAUCAACAACUGAGUCAGUCUCGUACCCAAAGAGUACGAGCAGCAAUGUUUCCAGAAACACUUGAAGAAGGAAUUGAGAUCCCUUCUACGCAAUUUAAUCAAGGGCAAUUGACGGCCGUUCAACGACUAGCUGAGCCAAGUCAAAUGCUUAAACAUGCUGUAGUUAAUUUGAUUAAUUAUCAGGAUGAUGCUGAUUUAGCAACUAGAGCUAUUCCAGAACUCAUAAAAUUAUUGAAUGACGAAGACCAAGUUGUUGUAUCACAAGCUGCCAUGAUGGUUCACCAAUUAUCGAAAAAAGAAGCAUCGCGGCAUGCAAUUAUGAAUAGUCCUCAGAUGGUCGCUGCAUUGGUGAAAGCAUUGUCAAAUAGUAAUGAUUUAGAAAUGACUAAAGGUGCAGUUGGUACUCUACACAACUUAUCACAUCAUCGACAAGGACUUUUAGCUAUAUUUAAAAGUGGAGGAAUACCAGCUCUGGUUAAACUACUUAGUUCUCCUGUUGAAUCUAUACUAUAUUAUGCUAUAACAACUUUACAUAAUUUAUUGUUACAUCAAGAGGGUUCAAAAAUGGCAGUUCGUCUUGCUGGAGGUCUACAAAAAAUGGUAGCACUUUUGCAACGUAACAAUGUUAAAUUUUUGACAAUCAUAACUGAUUGUUUACAAAUAUUAGCAUAUGGUAAUCAAGAAAGUAAAUUAAUUAUACUUGCUUCACAAGGCCCUAUUGAACUUGUUCGUAUCAUGCGUUCAUAUGACUACGAAAAGCUUUUGUGGACAACGUCUAGAGUUUUGAAAGUUUUGUCUGUGUGUUCAAGUAAUAAACCAGCAAUUGUAGAAGCUGGAGGCAUGCAAGCUCUUGCAAUGCAUUUACAACAUGGAAGUCAACGUUUGGUCCAAAAUGCUUUAUGGACCUUGCGUAACUUGUCUGAUGCUGGAACUAAGGUUGAUGGACUAGAACAGUUAUUGCAAUCAUUAGUAAUUGCUUUAAAUCAUUCAGAUGUUAAUGUAGUAACAUGUGCUGCUGGAAUUUUAUCAAAUUUGACUUGUAAUAAUCAACGCAAUAAAGUUACUGUGGUUCAAGUGGGCGGUGUUGAAGCGCUAGUACAGACAAUAAUGAAUGCUGGAGAUCGCGAAGAAAUAACAGAACCUGCUGUAUGUGCUUUGAGACAUUUGACAUCUAGACAUGUUGAAUCAGAUAGUGCUCAAAAUGCUAUCCGCCAUAUUGGAGGUAUUCAAGUAAUAGUUAAAUUAUUACAACCUCCUUCUCGUUGGCCACUUGUCAAAGCUGCUAUUGGACUAAUUCGAAAUGUAGCGCAGUGUCAAGGUAAUCAUGUGCCAUUAAGAGAACACGGUGCAAUUCACCAUUUAAUACGUUUAUUGAUGAGAGCAUUUCAAGAUAUUCAAAGGACAUCUACUAAUAGUAGUGUAGCCGGAUCAGGCAGAUCACAAUCUGGUGGUGUAUAUGCUGAUGGAGUGCGCAUGGAAGAAAUUGUUGAAGGCACUACUGGUGCUUUACAUAUUCUUGCUAGAGAAUCACAUAAUCGAGUACUUAUGCGCUCUCAACAAGGAUUGAUUGCAGUAUUAGUUCAAUUGUUAUUUAAUGAUAUUGAAAAUGUUCAACGAGUGGCUGCUGGUGCUUUAUGCGAGUUAGCUAUUGAUAAAGAUGGGGCAGAUAUGAUUGAAGCAGAAGGUGCAACUGCACCAUUAACUGAAUUAUUACAUUCCCGUAAUGAAGGAGUUGCAACAUAUGCAGCAGCAGUUUUAUUCCGAAUGUCAGAAGAUAAACCAAAUGAUUAUAAAAAACGGUUAUCAGCUGAACUGAGUAAUUCACUAUGCCGUGAAGAUCAAAAUACUUGGCCACCUAAUGAUCUUGGAAUGGGGCCUGAUCUUCAGGACGCAUAUGAUUUGUAUAGUCAUGGACUUGGUAGCGUUCACAAUGGAAUGGGCCCAAUGAGACGUAACAACUACCAUCAACAGUCAGGGUAUGACACGUUACCAAUAGACUCUAUGCAAGGUUUAGAAAUAUGUUCUCAACAAGAAUCCAACUGUAGUCCAAUGGACGUAGUAACGGCUAAUGAUAUUGAUUUUGGUCGUCUAGGAGAUUUACCUGAACCUCCUCAAGACAACAAUCAAGUAGCUGCUUGGUAUGAUACUGACUUAUAAAUUUGAUUGAAAUGAUAAGUUAACCUAAUAAGUAUUAAAUAUGAAAUAGAUUAAAUUUUUUAUAUUGUAAAUAAAUUGAAAAUCACUUCAAUUAUUUGGACAUGAACAGUUACUUAAUUCAUUUAUAACCUUGGGUUGUAAAAUAGUCCAAAUAAAACAUAAAUCAGUUUUUUGGCGGAAAUAAGCCAAGAGGUUACGAAUAAUAACUAGUGAUGUUGAUAUAGUUUAAAAAUAAAUAUAUGAGGACCAUUCAAUUGAAAUAAACUAUGAAUCAGCUAACAGCAUCAUUAUAAUUUUUAAACCUCUAGCACUAUUUUGAAUUAUUAACAUAUUGUCAUUUAUUGUAUGUAAUGUAUGUAAUAUCCUUACAUUUAUAAUAGUGUAUAUUAGCUUUCUUUAAAUUAGAAUAAUUUAUUAUUAUUUUCCCAAACCUGAAACCCUAAGUUAAAAAAAUUCUCAAUGUUUCUUGUAGUAUUUGAAAGUUAUUGAUCUCUGUUAUUCUUCAUGUUUUGUUUACAGUGAUUUAUUUUUUAUGAAAUAAUUAGAGAUAUGUGUACCAAAUAAAUUUGUUAUUAAAACUAAUCACAUAUUUAUUGAAUUUAUUAUUUUAUUUUUUACAACAUAUUAAUUUCAUUGUCGUUCAUUUUUGUGUUUACAUAUAACUGGAUAAAUCAUCUAAAUAUUUUCAUUUUAUAUUAUAUUUAAUAUUAUUUAUUAUACUUAUUAUGUACCAACAUUAUAUAUUUUGAAUUUUAUUUAAUACAA